AUGGACGGCCCUCCUGCUGCUGCUGCAGCAGCAGCAGCAGCAGCAACAGCAGCAGAUGAUGAUGUUGCUGAUGGGCAGCAAGCUGCCAAUGGAGUGACACAGGAGGAGCAGCAACAGCAGCAACAGCAGCAGCAGCAGCAGGAAGAGACAGUCAGUGACAAGGAGGAGACAGAUAACGAUGAAGGCAGCAACGAAGGCAGCAGCAGCAGCAACAACAGCAGCAGCAGCAGCGAAGGAGAAGAAGAGACAGAAGGAGAGGAAGGAGACAGCGACAGCAAGAGUAACAAAAAGGACGGCAGCAGCAGCAGCAGCAGCAGCAGCAGCAGCAGCGAAGGAGAAGAGGAGACAGACGAAGAAGCAGCAGCAGACACAGGAGCUGCAGCAGAGGAUGUAGAGGAGGGAGACCCUGCUGUUGCUGCUGCUGCUGUAGCAGCAGCAGAAGAAGAGGAAGAAGCAGAACCUGCUGCUGCUGCUGCUGCUGCUGACGACGAAGAAGAAGAAGAGGAAAAUGACGAAGAAGAAGAGGACGAGGAAGAAGAAGAAGAAGAAGAAGAUGAUGAUGAUGAGGAAGAAGAGCAGCAGCAGCAGCAGCAGCAAGACGAUGAUGCAGCAGCAGCAGCAGCAGCAGCUGCUGCUGCUGCUUCUGAUGAAGAAUCGCAGCAGCAAACAUCAGAGGAAGAAGAAGACAGCGAAGAUGAGGAAGAAGAGCAGCAGCAGCAGCAGCAGCAGGAGCAGCAGGAGAAGAAGGAAGCAGCAGCAGAGGGAGCUGCUGCUGCGACUGCUGCACCUGCUACUACUACUACUACUGCUGCUGCUGCUGCUGCACCCAAGACUGCAGCAGCAGCAACAGCAGCAGCAGCAGCAGCAGAUGUUUUCCCUUUUACUAUGGGGAGUUGCAACGUGGUGACGGUGUCCCCCGAGGCCGCAUCUGCUGCUGCUACAGCAGCAGCAGCAGCACCAGCAGCAGGAGGAGCAGCAGGAGCAGCAACAGGAGCAGCAACAGUAGCAGCAGCAGGAGGGAGCAACAAGAAGGUUCCUCUAUGUUUUGCUGCUAUGGAUAUAACUCCUCUUAGCUGCUGCAGCAAGACACAGCAGCAGCAGCAAAUAAAGACAGCACUGCAGCGGGAAAUAUUUGCUGUUUGCUGCGGAUCUGCUGCUGCUGUUGAUCUUACUGCAGCAGAUACAGCAGCACUUGCUGCUUCUGCUGCUCCAUCUUCUACUGCAGCAGCAGCAGGAACAGCAGCAGCAGCAGCAGCAGCAGCAGACAGCAGCAGCAGCGCAUUAAAAAACAUUGAAAAAGUCUCAAGAUGUACAGCAAAAUUAUACCCAACAGCAAAUGGCUGCAGGUUACAUCUAUCAGGAAAGGUGCAGCAGCUGCAGCAAGCUUUGCUGCUGCUGCGUCUGCUGCUGCAGCAAAGCUAUGGACCAUUGGUCUGGACUCUCCCUCCUGAUGCCCCUGCAAGACGUGAUCUAACGGUGCUGCUGCUGCCUGCUGCUGCUGCUGCUGCUGCUGCAGUAACAGGAGCAGCAGCACUUCGUCGCAUUACUGCUCAAUGGAAGGCAAUGAUCUUCCCUCUAGCAGCAAAUGCGCCUCCUGUGCAGCAGCAGAAGCAGCAGCAGCAGCAGCAGCAGCAGAAGCAGCAGCAGCAGAAGCAGCAGCAGGAAGGAGAAAAGAGCAAGGAAGGAGACAAUUCAACUAAGGCAAAUGCUCAGGUGUACAGGCAGAUCCUUAUCUUUGGCGAGCCGUUGCAGCGUCUUGGUGCUGCACUAGAGUUGGUGAGUGCUGUUGAGGGAGAAGAUGUUGGCUAUUAUAGUAAACCAUUAAGGGACUGUCUCCUUGCUGCUGGGGUGUCUCCUCAGCUGCUGGAGAAUACCAGCAGCAGCAGCAGCAGCAGCAGCAGCAGCAGCAGCACAAUAAGGAACAGGAACAACAGGAGCAGCAAUUGUCUCCUUACUUGUCCCCUAGAAGAUCUCCUUAUGCGCAACUUCAAGCGCAGCAGCGUCCGCAUCAGCAGCAUCAGCAGCAGCAGCAGCAGCAGCAGCAACAGGAGCAGCAACAGCAGCAACAGCAGCAGCAGCAACAGCAGCAGCAGCAGCAGCAGCAGCAGCAGCAGCAACACUAACAAUGAGAAGGCUGCUUCAUCUUCUGCAACAAAUGGUGUUUCUUCUUCUUCCUCUCCUCCUCAGCAGCAGCAACUGCAGCAGCAGCAGCAGCAGCAGCAGCAGCAGCAGCAGCAGCAGCAGCAGUUAAUAGGGGAGGACGUAGUACAGGUACCUGUACCUUGGGCAGCAGUAUGGGGUCGUGCUGCUGCUGUUGCUGCAGCAAUAGAUGCAGCAGAAAAGGAGACACCUACUAUCUGUCUCCUUUUAGAUGAUUUCCGUGGCUCCUUUUUGCCGCAGCAGCAGCAGCAAGGAUUUGCUGCUGCUGCUGCUGCUGCUGCAGCUCCUGUUGGUGGGCAUGAAGUCUAUGCAUCAGGGCACCCUAAUGGGCAGCAGCAAAGCCUAAAACUAGGCAGCAAGCAGCAGCAGCAGCAGCAACAGCAGCAGCAGCUGCAGCAGCACUCCAAGAGGAGAACAGCAACCCCUUCUUGGCAUCUGCCGCGCAGCUCUGCUGUUGGGCAGCAGCCACACCAGCAGCAGCAGCAACAGCAGCAGCAGCAGCAGCAGACGAUGUUCCAGCAGCAGCAGCAACAGCCAACAGGCCCGCAGCAGCAGCGCCGGACGCAGCAGCAGCCGCAGCAGCAGCAGUGGCAACAGCCGCAGCAGCAGUGGCCUGCGCAGCAGCAGCAGCAGCAGCAGCAGCAACCGUGGACAGAUCAACGUCAGCAGCAGCAGCAAUGGCAACGGCAACAGCAACCACAGCAGCAGCAGCCACAGCAGCAGCAACCGUGGCAGAGGCAGCAGCAGCCGCAGCAGCAACAACAGUGGCAGCGGCAGCCGCAGCAACAGCAACAGCCACAGGCACAGCAGCGCUGGCCUGAGCAGCAGCAGCAGCAGCAACGGUGGCCAGAGCGCCAACAGCAGCAAUGGAAUGGGCAGCAGCAGCAGCCGCAGCAGCAGCAACAGCAAUGGCAGCAGCGGCAACAGCAGCAGCCGUGGUCUGAUCGGCAGCAGCAGCAGCCGCAGCAGCAGCCGCAGCAACAGCAGUGGUCUACGCAGCGGCAGCAAGAGCAACGCUGGUCUGAGCCGCAGCAGCAGCAGCAGCAGCAGCCGUGGUCCGAGCAGCAGCAAAAAUGGCCUGGGCAGCAGCAGCAGCAACAGUGGCCUUCUCAGCAGCAGCAGAAGCAGUGGCCUCAGCAGCAGCAGCAGCAGCAGGACUGGCCGGAACGGCGAAGGCAGCAGCAGCAGUGGCCUCAGCAGCAGCAGCAGGAGCAGCAGCAGCAGCAGCAGUGGGGUGAACAGCGACAGCAAUCUUGGCAGCAGCAGCAACAACAACAGCAACAAUGGCCUGAUACGCGACAGCAGCAGCAGCAGUGGCCUCAGCAGCAGCAGCAGAAUCAACAGCAGCAAUGGCCUCAGCAGCAGCAGCAGAAUCAGCAGCAGCAGUGGCCCCAACAGCAGCAGCAGCAGUGGCCUCAGCAGAAGCAGCAGCAGCAGUGGCCUCAGCAGCAGCAGAUGCCUGAUCAGCAACAGCAGCAAUGGGGGGAACAGAAGCAACACCAACCAUGGGGUGGGCAGCAGCAGCAGCAGCAGCAGCAGCAGCAAUGGGGUGGGCAGCAGCAGCAGUGGCCUGACCAGCAGCAGCAGCAGCAGCAGCAACAGUGGGAUACGCGACAACGGCAGCAGCAGCAACACAUGCCACGACAGCAGCCACAGCAGCAGCAGCAGUGGGGUAGUCAGCAGCAGGAGCAGCAGCAACAUUGGCGUGAGCAGCAGCAGCAGCAGCAGCAGCAGCAGCAACCGAUGCGACAGUGGCAUGACCAGCAGCAGCAGCAGCAGUGGAAUGGGCAGCAGCAGCAGCAGCAGCGUGCCCCUCAGCAGCAGCAGUGGCAAGAGAGGCAGAUACAAGGGCAGCAGCAGCAGCAGCAGCAGCAGCAGCAAGCGGACUGGCGGCAGCAGCAAAGAGGACAGACACCUCAGUCUGCUGGCUACUACAGGGGGGGCAAUCCUCAGCAGCAGCAGCAGCAGCAGCAACCGCAGCAGCAGCAAGCGUAUACUGCAGGGUGGGGCGACCAACGACAGCAACAGCCGCAGCAGCAGCAGCAGUAUGGCAUGCAGCAGCAGCAGCCGCAGCAGCAGCAGGGGGGGCAGCAGCAGCAGUACAUGACGCAGCAGAUUGGCCAUAUGCUGCAGAAUGUGCAGCAGCAGGGCUACAGCAGCAACCAGCAGCAGCAGCAGCAGCACCACCCCUACAGCAUGCAGCAGCAGCCCCAGCAGCAGCAUUACGGCAUGCAGCAGGCCUACGGCAUGCAGCAGCAGCAGCAGCACUACCACGCGCAGCAGCAGCAAUACGCUGUGCAGCAGCACUACCGCUAA